AUGUUAUGGUGUAUCAAGUGUCUGGGUCCACAUUUGAAACUUCAACAACCACUGACUUUGACUUUUGACAAAUUAACGAAUACAACUUAUAAAUAUUGGGAGGGAAUCUUCGGUUUGGUAUUUAAGAAAGCGAACGGUAGAGAGGUUUUUGCUUUUGCAAGAUCUUCUUACAAAGAAAAAAUAAAGCUGAUGAAUUUGAUUUCAAUCCUCUGUUUUGUUCUCAUAAGCUUCGGUGUUGCUUCGGUUUCAGCAGAAACAACAUGUCCGAACAAUGGAGGAGGUUUCACGCCCAACGGUACCUACGACGCAAACCGCCGUCUCAUCCUAUCUUAUCUUCCUUCAAACGUCACGGCUCAAAAGGGCCUCUUUUACAACGGCUCCAUCGGACAAGAACCGAACCGUAUCUACGUAACAGGGAUGUGCAUGCCAGGAUCAGAUACAGUUGUCUGUUCUGACUGUAUCAAGAUGGCCUCUGAUGAUUUGUUACAGAGAUGUCCAAACCAAACAGAAGCGUAUUCUUGGGCACCUCAUCCCACGCUUUGCUAUGUGCGCUACUCCAACACUUCUUUCUUAGGAUCUUUAGAUCUAAGUCCGUGGCAGAGCAUCACCCACCGUGCAAAUGUAACCUCAGAUCUGACAGAGUUCAGGAAGAUAUGGGAAGACUUAGCUGUUCGUAUGAUUGAUGCAGCAUCCACAUCCAAAAGCUCACCAUCCUCUAGUGAUAACUAUUACACAGCUAAUACCGCAGCCUUGAAUCCUUUCCAGGAAAUCUAUGCAUUGAUGCAAUGCACGCCGGAUCUUUCCUCUAGUGAUUGUAAGACUUGCCUCCGAGAGAGCGUACGUCACUACAACGACCGGCCAUGCUGUAAUAGGAGGCAAGGGACCCGUGUCCGGCGGCCAAGCUGCUAUCUCCGUAUGGAGACGUAUACCUUCUCUAAGGCUUCUUUUGUUAAUUUUACGGCGGCUUCUCCUCUUCCUGUAGAUGAUCAGCCCAGCAAGAUCAACAAUGGAGAAGAUAGCAAAAGACUCUCAACUGGAAUUGUCGUGGCCAUUACCGUUGCAACUGUUGUUGGCGUCUUGAUACUGCUUGUUCUUGGUUAUGUUCUAUGCCGGAGGAGAAACUCAUACCAAAGAACUCAGUUUGAAAAUGAUAGUGAUAUCUCAACUACAAAUUCAUCACAAUACGACUUUAAGACAAUUGAAGUUGCAACAAACAAUUUUUCCAGUAGUAAUAAGCUCGGUGAAGGUGGGUUUGGCGAGGUUUACAAGGGUACACUAUCAACUGGAACGGAAGUGGCUGUGAAGCGACUGUCGAAAAUGUCAGGACAAGGGACAAGAGAGUUCAGGAACGAGGCUGUUCUUGUGUCAAAACUUCAACAUAGGAAUCUUGUUAGGCUUCUUGGAUUCUGUUUGGAAGGAGAAGAAAAGAUUCUCAUCUAUGAGUUUGUCCCUAACAAAAGCCUUGACUAUUUCCUAUUUGACCCUGAAAAGCAAGGUCAGCUAGACUGGUCUCAACGAUACAAGAUCAUUGGAGGGAUUGCUAGAGGAAUUCUUUAUCUUCAUCAAGAUUCACAGCUCACAAUCAUUCAUCGUGACCUUAAAACAAGUAACAUUCUCUUGGAUGCUGAUAUGAACCCAAAGAUUUCAGAUUUUGGACUGUCUACAAUCUUUGGAAUAGAUCAAACUCAAGGCAAUACCAACAGAAUUGCUGGAACCUACGCUUACAUGUCUCCUGAGUAUGCAUUGCAAGGUCAAUUUUCCAUGAAAUCUGACGUUUAUAGCUUUGGAGUCUUAGUUCUCGAGAUUAUAAGUGGAAAGAAAAACAGUAACGUCUACCAGAUGGAUGAAACGAGUACUGCUGGAAACUUGGUCAAUAAUGCUUGGAGGCUUUGGAGAAACGGGUCACCACUGGAACUGUUGGAUCCAUCAAUUGGAAGGAAUAAUCAAAGUAAUGAAGUCACUAGAUGCAUCCAUAUUGCGCUCUUAUGUGUUCAAGACAAUCCAGAAGACCGUCCAAUGUUAUCAACUAUCAUCUUGAUGCUCACUAGCAACACAAUCAGUCUACCAGUGCCUCAACUACCAAGUUUUUUCCCGCGUAGCAGGCCCGAAUUUGAGCAGGUAUCCAUGUCCGAAUCAAGUCAAUCUACAGUAAAAUCUGUUAGUGAUUCUAUUUGUGACACGACUAUUACUGAACUAGAGCCUCGCUGAAGAUGGAACUGAUUCUCUGUAUGCAAGUUUGAAUGAUGCUUUUUGUAACAUUUCACUGCCAAUUCAAGAACAUUAUUUAAUACUUUGUUUUUGUCCUGUUUCAUGUAUUUAUAAUUCAAGAAGAUUCUCCAACGUAGAGAAUUGUCAGUCUCAAUCCUUGUAAUUGAUUCUUUACUUAUUCUCCAACGUAGAGGAUUGUUGUCCCAACA